UUCUUCAUCUUGCAGAUAAGUCAUGAUGCAUCGAAUGCGACUUGGUCAGAGGUCCUCAGAAAGUGAAGAAGUACUUGAUCGUUAAGAAGGAAGUCUAUUUGUUGGUUGUGUUGGGAAUGUGUUAGGACCGCUGUUCAUUUGAUUUUUCUAGCAUUCCAAACAGAGGAAAAGUUCUUCAGAUCCUAACUAGGAUUGCAUAUUGUACAUGUGAAAAUGGAAGCUGAAAAAUCGUCAUCAUUGGUGUUAAUUAAAGAAGAGAAGGAGAAUUUGGAGGCAGAUCUCAAUGAAAACACAGGUGAAGGCCCUUCAUUUGCAGACCCCUUAGAAGUCAAGGCAGAACCAGAAUUUUUUGAACAUGGUGAAUUUGAUGUGAACUGUUCAUCCCAAUCUAUUAAGCACGAAGAGAACCGCUCUCGAAGCUGUGAUGACGAAAGCAGAAAGAAGAUCUGUAUUGCAGAAGAAAAUAGACAUUUGGAUAAAACAGAUGCAUUCUCAAAGAGAAGUAACACAGCAAGGGAGCUAAUAACUUGUGCUGAAUGCCAAAGGACAUUUUCAUGCAUGAGCCGCCUGAAAUCCCACUUGAGAACUCAUACUGGAGAGAAACCAUAUAGUACUUGCUCUAUAUGUCAAAGAAGUUUUUCUGAAUCAAGUUGUCUCAGAAAACACAUGAGAAUUCAUACUGGUGAGAAAACAUAUGCUUGCCCUACAUGUCAAAUCAGUUUUGCUGAAUCGAGUCAUCUCACAAAACACAUGAGAACUCAUACUGGAGAGAAACCAUAUACUUGCUCUAUAUGUCAAAGAAGUUUUUCUCAUCAAAGCCAUCUCAAAAUACACAUCAGAACUCAUACAGGAGAGAAACCAUACAUUUGCUCUACAUGUCAAAGAAGUUUUUCUCAAUCAAGUGCUCUCAAACCUCACUUGAGAACUCAUACGGGAGAGAAACCACAUACCUGCUCUAUAUGUCAAAGAGGUUUCUCUCGUCAAAGUGAUCUCAAAACACACAUGAGAACUCAUACAGGAGAGAAACCAUUCAUUUGCUCUGUAUGUCAAAGAAGUUUUUCUCGAUUAAAUAAUUUGAAAAAACACACGAGAACUCAUAGAGGAUAGAAACUAUUCACUUGCUCUGUAUGCCAAAGAAGUUUUUCUCAUCAAAGUCAUCUUAAAAGACAUGAGAAUUCACACUAGACAGAAACUGUACGCUUGAUCUAUGUUCAAGUAGUUUUUGUUAAAUUCUUUUUACCUUGAAUUCUGUGUGUCUGUCUGUCCUCGAGUCUUGCAACUCAAUUUUCUACCUGCUCCCUUUGUCCGAUGGACUUGAAAUUUUGCCUGGUUACUCAAUGCUGAUGACAAUACAACCUUAAAUAAUCAGUAGGUCAGCAGUGACCUCUAGUGACCCUACAGUGACUUCUCCCAGUGUCUCUGGAUUUGUCACAAAUUCUUUUUAUUGUACUAUAACACUUCCCUCUUUAUUCCCCCUCCACUUCCCACUUCCCCCCCCCCCACACCUUCCCUCCAUUCCCUCCCCUUUCUCUCCCCUAUCCCUCCCUCUCCACUCCAUCCCCUUCCCAUUUCCCCCUCCCCUACUUCCCCUCAACCCCACACUCCCCUCUCCUCCAUCACCCUCCCCUC